AUGUUUAAAACCGCGGCGCGCAAAAUCGCGCACAAUACCACUAUGCCCGGGAUCCCGGGGCUCGCAGGCAAGCAAGACCUGCGAGCCCUUCAAGACCUUAUCACCGCGGAGAAGACGGUGCUCACUUCAUUGCAACGCCUCAGCGUGGACUUUGCGCGGGCGUCCGACGCGCUUCGGAUGUGGGGACAGGGCGAGGGCGACGACCUCGGGGACACGCUCGCGGUGUCCAACGCGCUCCUCUCUCACUUCGCUACUGCCCUUAUCACGUUCGCGAACCAUGAGACCACGAUCCGCGAGCAGAUGAAGUCCGUCCGCACGCGCGAAGAGAACCUGGACGAGCUCAAGCGGCGGCGCAAGUCCGUCUUCGCGGACGCAGAGGGCGCAGAACGGAAGCUGAGCAAGAUGAACCCAGAGAACAAGAACCUGCAGCAGCAGACGGAGAUCCUGAACCGUCUUCGCGACGAAAUCAGGCAGAUGGACGCGGACAUUAUGGCCGAGGAGGCGAACCUUGGUGACUUCAAGCGGUCGUCGGUCCGCAGCUGGAUGGGGCGCAAGUUCGGGGCACUGCUCGAGUGCUGCGAGAAAGGCGUGAUCGUGGGCGAAUUGGGCAAGCUCGCCGUCACGGAAAUCUCGCUGGAGCUGACGCAGCCUGGGAUGCCCCGGCCCUAUUACGCCGGCCACGCGAGGACGGAAUUCCUCGUCUCGGAGGCCAUGCGUUCCGUCAAUGAAGUGCAGUAUUCAUCGGAUCCGAACCCCAACCCGACGAAUCGUACGAUCCGCCCACUACCGGGCAACGAGCUUUCGCCUGUGCCUUCAGCAUCUCAGCACAAUGGCGGUGGUUACAGCCAGGAGAUGGGUAGCCCGCUUCCUCCAAUGCAGAUGCCCUCGUCGCCUCCCAUGUCCCCUCAAACAAACCCUUACGCCGGCCUUCCUCCUGUGGAGACGUCCGGCUUCAGCAUCUCGCAGUUCGACCAAUCGACCUCUCCCCGUUCGCAACAGCCCACCAUCAGCGAGUUCGGCACAUUCAGUGGCGGUCCUCCUUCCCAACCCAGCUCGCUUGGUCCGGCUGAAGGCAGCAGACUAUCCGGCCCUCGUGGCGGUCGCUUCGCCACCUUCCCCGUCAAGACUGGGGGACCGCGCCCACCUCCCGGGCCGAACAGCACCGUCUCGAACGUCUCAACAAACCCGUAUAUCUCCGCUCCUCCUAUGGCCGAAGGCACCCGUGCUCCAUCGAUCGAGUUGAACCGUCCCGGUGACGACUCGUUCUCGUCCAGCGUCGCUCUCGCUCUCGGUGACUUCAAUAUAAACGAUGCCGUCAGCAACGGUGCGAGUUCAAGCGCGGGGCCGCCUCUGCCCGCAUCCGGCAGUCGGAUGGGCAUGCCUGCGCACCCCCGCGACAUCAAAGGAGAGAGCGACUUUGCGCAGCAGAGCUUCGAGAUUCCGCCGCCGAUGUACACGCCGACACACCCUCAUCUCCAGCCACAAGGUCUUCCAGCGGGUGCUGCGCCCUCUCAACUCCCUACGGCGAUGCGCUUGGCCACCGGGCUUGGCGCUCCUCCUGCCUCUGGCUCGCGACGGAACUCGCUCAAUGACGACGACGACGGGCUAGCGUAUAUGUUGCCCUCGCACUCGACCGAAUCCCUUCAUACCACAGGUCCGGGUAGCCGGAGGGUGCGAUUUGGAGGUGCGGAGAUGGAGCCUGACAACGACUCGAAGAGGCAUGGGUCGCCUGCGCGGUCUGCCAGGAUACCUGUUCCACCCAUGGGGGAUGGGCCUCAGAUUCCGCCAGUACGGGAGCACCCAGAACGUAAGCACUCGAUUAAUACAUCACCACCGCCUUCGCCCUGGGAAUCGCAAGAUGAUUCCAAGCCGCGGUCUCCGACCGCAGGGUCCCCUCAAAUGGCUCGCGCACCCAGCCCACCGGCCGCCGCUCUCUCUGAGGAGCAUGCACUCAACAUGGCGGCUGCGCACGAAGUGUCCCGCGAGCUUGACGCAUUGAUGAUGACGACGUCGAACUCCCCUCCCCAGUCAGCGUCGUCCGAGCGUCCUCCUUCGCUUCCCCAAUCCCCUGCGCCUCCCUAUGGCUCGUCGCCGUACCAGCAGCGUUCGCCGAUCCAAGAGAAGGAGAAACCUCCGUCCCCCACCCAACCGCGACGUGAGUCGCCGCUGCAACCGCUUAACACGGUCUACGCUCCGCCGGUCUCUUCGCAGUCGGGUGCGCCGAUGAGCCCACGCAUCGACGGCUACGUGCGCGCACGCGACCGCUCGAUGCCGUCACCCUCCAUCCCGCCUGCGCCGACCGAUAUGGACGGCAGCGGCAGGCGUCCCUCCAUAUCCCGCACUUCCCCUGUGCCUUCGAUGGAGUCGAACGGAACUCCGUACCGCACCCCCAUGGUCUCCACACCCCUCACACCCCCGGUGAUGCCAGCUGUAAAUUCGAUGUACAGUCUCAGCGGGGGCGGUUCGACGCCCUCUCUCGCGGGCAUCGGAGCGGGAGGUGGCGCGCCGCGCACGAUCUCCGCGGCGGCGUUCCGCCGUCCGCCGGCGCGAAACAUGAGCACGGACAACCUCCAGGACACGUCGCCGCUGAGCGUCAGGAAGCGGCCGCUGCCGUCCUCGCCGUAUCCGAGCGGGGGCCCGGGGCUCAGGCCGGCCGCGCCGGGCGGAGAGGUGAACAGGCCGACGACGACGUACAACCAGGACGACGACUUCGACAUCUCGGCGUACACGGACACGACGUCGACCUAUGCCAACGGGCAGCAGAACGGCGGGGACGGCAUCCGAUAG